CCUGCGGCGGGGAAACCGUGCGCCGGGGCGGCGCGCAGGCAGGGGCUGGGCCGCAGUUGCAGCGAGGCGGCGGCAGUGGGAUGCUGCGCUGGCUGAUCGGGGGCGGCCGGGAGCCGCAGGGCCUGGCGGAGAAAUCGUCUGUACAGACCAUUGGUGAAGAACAAGUACAAAAUCCUUACACUGAGCUCCUUGUGUUGAAAGGUCAUCAAGAUAUAGUACGUUUUCUUGUACAAAUAGAUGAUUACAGGUUUGCAUCUGCAGGAGAUGAUGGAAUCAUUUUUCUGUGGAAUGCUCAGACUGGAGAGAAACUUUUUGAACUUCAUGGUCACACACACAAGAUUACAGCUAUAGCACCAUUUUUUUCAUCAGAUGCUUCUGAAGAAAACAGUCAUUUGAUUUUAACAGCAUCAGCUGAUAGAACAGUUAUUGUUUGGGACUGCACUACUGGCAGACAGGUGCAAAAAGUGUCAUGUUUCCAUUCGACUGUAAAGUGUUUGACAGUCCUUCAAAGACUGGAUGUAUGGUUGUCUGGAGGGAGUGAUCUAUGUGUUUGGAACCGAAAAUUAGAUCUCUUGUGUAAGACCAGUCAUCUUACUGAUGCAGGUAUUAGUGCUUUGGUUGAAUUGCCUAAAAACUGUGUUGCGGCUGCUGUUGGCAAAGAGCUAAUCAUUUUUAGGUUGAUUGCUUCCAGUGAUAAGUCUGAAGGUUGGAAUAUCCUUGAAGUAAAACGCCUUGUCGAUCAUCAAGAUAACAUCUUGUCAUUGGUCAGUGUCAAUGACUUGACUUUUGCAACAGGUUCUCAUGUGGGUGAGUUAAUAGUUUGGGAUGCACUUGAUUGGACAAAGCAGGCAUCUGAGUGCAACUUCUGGGACUCUUCUGUCCAACCAGAUGCACGGACAGAAAUAAAACUAUCCCAAAGUCCAAAUGAAACUUCAGUUCAACACUUAGCAUCUGAUGACGAGUAUGUGUAUGCUGCAGUUGGGAAAGGCAUAUACGUAUAUAAUCUUCAAAUGAAGCGUGUGAUUGCCUGCCAGAGAACUGCUCACGACUCUUCUGUACUGCACAUUGAGAUGCUUCCAAACAGGCAGCUGAUAUCCUGUUCAGAAGAUGGCAGUGUACGCAUUUGGGAGCUCCGAGAAAAGCAGCAGCUGCCAAAUGAACCAGUUCCAACAGGGUUCUUCAACAUGUGGGGAUUUGGAAGGGCAAACAAGCAGGCAAACCAAGCUAAGAAGGUGCAGGAGAAUACACCUAUGCAUUUUUUGGAGCUGGUUGGUGAUCUGAUUGGUCAUUCAUCAGCUGUACAGAUGUUCCUGUACUUCAGUGAACUGGGACUGGUUACAUGCUCUGCUGACCAUCUCAUUAUUUUGUGGAAGGAUGGUGAACGCGAAUCUAGACUCCGCAGUUUAACGUUAUUUCAGAAACUGGCACAAAAUGGUGAUCUGCAACCAAAAUUUUAAAUUGCUUGAAUACAGGCUAAAUAUGCAUAACUGGAUAUACAUUAAAUGUGAAUGUGAAGGAAAGUCUGCAGUCUUACUGUGGGUUAACCUACACUGGAGUUGAUAUAACACCACUAUGAUGUCUACCAUGAAGUGUGAUUGAUUCAAGUUAGUCAUUGCAUAGUGUACUCAUUGAAUUCAUUUGUCUGUCAUGGAGGUGCAGUCCUUACUGGGGAUUUUCAGGAUGUAAAAUAUUUUCAUAAGUCUCAACAUAAGGGAGAGCAGAGAACAAUAACAUUUUAGGCUGUAUUUUUCCCUGCUUUUGUGAGUCGAAUUUGGAACCCCAAAUGGCAUUAAAAAACAAAAAGAGAAUGGAGAAAUUGUUGAGUAAUGUUUCACUUUAUAUUCAGGAAGGUGAAGUCAGCUUUAAAUCUUGAACUGCAUGUUUUUUUCUUGAGAUGGCUAUCCUAUGGGAGGGAAAGAGAUUGGAUUACAGAUGGUUAUAGCAUGUUUUUGGGUAUGUGUUACUACACAUGUGAGGAUGAAAGCAUGUUAGCCUCAUCUGCUCAUGAGUCUCUAAUGCACUGUUUCAGAUAGCGUUCCUCAGCGAGUGUUGCACUCCGUACAACUGACGUACAAAGUGGGAGAGGAAGUUCCUCUUUGGCUCUUUUUCCCCAUUGUGCUCAGGCAGCCCAAGGGCCAACUGCACCCUGGAGUGCACCAGGCCCAGUGAGCGAGGCGAGGGGUUGUGCCACUCUGAUCUCCUUCAGGUUGUACCAACCUGAUCUCCUUCUAUGAUCUAGUGACCCAUCUGGUGGAUGAAGGAAAGGCUGUUGAUGUGGUCUACCUAGACUUCAGCAAAGCCUUUGACACUGUCUCCCACAGCAUUCUCCUGCAGAAGCUGGCAGCCCGAGGCUUGGAUGGGUACACUCUUGGCUGGGUAAGGAGCUGGCUGGAGGGCCGGGCACAGAGAGUGGUGGUGAAUGGAGUCAAAUCCAGCUGGCGACCCAGUGGUGUUCCCCAGGGGUCGGUGCUGGGGCCUGUCCUCUUCAAUAUCUUUAUUGAUGACCUGGAUGAGGGCAUCGAGUGCACCCUCAGUAAAUUCGCAGAUGACACCAAAUUGGCUGGAAGUGUGGAUCUGCCUGGGGGUAGCGAGGCCCUACAGAGGGAUCUGGACAGGCUGGAGAGCUGGGCUGAAGCCAAUGGGAUGAGUUUCAACAAGGCCAAAUGCUGGGUCCUGCACUUUGGCCACAACAACCCCAGGUGACGCUACAGGCUUGGGGCGGUGUGGCUGGAGGACUGCGUAGAGGAAAUGGACCUGGGGGUAUUGAUUGAUGCUCGGCUGAACAUGAGCCGACAGUGUGCCCAGGUGGCCAAGAAGGCCAAUGGCAUCCUGGCUUGCAUCAGAAACAGUGUUGCAAGCAGGAGCAGAGAGGUGAUUGUUCCCCUAUAUUCAGCACUGGUGAGGCCGCACCUCGUGUACUGUGUCCAGUUUUGGGCCCCUCACUGCAAGAAAGAUAUUGAGGCCCUGGAACGUGUUCAAAGGAGGGCAACAAAGCUGGUGAGGGGUCUGGAACACAGGCCAUAUGAGGAGAGGCUGAAGGAGCUGGGAAUGUUCAGCCUGGAGAAGAGGAGGCUCAGGGGAGACCUCAUUGCUCUCUAUAACUUCCUGAAGGGAGGUUGUAGUGAGCUGGGGGUCGGCCUCUUCUCUCGUGUCAUUAGUGAUAGGACCAGGGGGAAUGGCUUCAAGCUACGGCAGGGGAGAUUCAGGCUGGACAUCAGGAAGUAUUACUUUUCAGAAAGGGUGGUCAGGCACUGGAAUGGAUGCCCAGGGAGGUGGUGGAAUCACCGACCCUGGGGGUGUUCAAGGAAAGGCUGGAUGUUGUGUUGAGGGACAUGGUUUAGUGGGAGCUAUUGGGAAUAGGUGAACGGUUGGACUGGAUGAUCUUUUAGGUCUUUUCCAACCUUGGUGAUUCUAUGAUUCUAUGAUUCUGCUCUGUGCUCUGCGGCCUCACCUCCUGCACUGGAUGCCAUUGUAAUGACACAAGGAGAGUGUCCAAAGGAGGGCUGCAAAGCUGGUGAAAAGUUUGGAGGGCAACGGGCGUUUCAUUGUUUUUAUGAUUCCUUUUAAAUUUCUUUUUCCAGAUCUCAGUAAAGCAGAAUUCUGUAUGUUCUUGUGAAAGUAAAUGUCUUUGUCAGAAAUAGCCUUAAUAUCGAUACAGAGAAAAGAGGCAAUUUAAGUAUGUAUGUACUGAUAACAGUAUGAAGCAACAGACUUAGUCACUGGGGAGGUAGGAGUCUGACAAAAGUGGUACAUAAAGAUCAAUUCAUGCUUAUUUCUUCUACUCUUACAGAGGAGUAAUACUCCACAUGAAUUACUUUUUUACUUUGGGUAAAAAAAAUACACAGGAUGUGGCAACAAAUAUUUCACAUUGAUGCUUUAACUCGGGUACUGAGACUGAACUUUAUUUCUUACGUCCCUUCUACCAUUGACAUUCCUCUUUGUGUAACAGAGCUAUGACAAUACUGAACUGAAAUGUUUUACAUGGUUAUGGUCUUACAGUUACGCAGUAUGAUCUUACAGCAUUUAAUAAAUUAAGAGGACAAAGUUUUGGAAGUUUAAAUUCUUUUCUCUAAUGCAUGCUGCAGUGAGCAUUCAGUCAUUGGAAUAGUUAAGAUACAACCACUGAGAGCACUAGUUCUAGAUAAAGGAAUGGUAAAAGCAGUUUACUGUAUAAAAAAGAGGUUCAACUCAUCUGAAUAAAAAUCCAUUGAAAAAAUGUUGCAUAUAUAUUCAUUAUUUCUUACUAUAUAUCUUUCACCAGAAACACCAUUCUUCAAAUAUACACAGUGCAGCAUUUUAACACAUAGCAACCAAAAGUAUGAUUCUAUUACAAUUCUAACAAAAAUAUACCUUAUAUACAUUUUUUUUCUGCACAUACAUUUUAUGAAUGUUUCAUUUUGUUUUCCAAACUUGGUACAAAACAUACAAAAAAGGUUGGCACAUUACAUAAGCUACCUGCAGUAAACAAUCACGGUCACUUUUCUUCCACAGCUAUCGAAGCUCCUUAUAUUUCUUUCUUAGUUCAGUUGUAGAUACAGUGUAAGGGUGUGGAAAAGAGUCUGCCUGGAGACCCUUCAUUUCAACUCAAGUCACUGAUUUGAUGCUUUUGCCCGCAGUGCAAAGUGUUUAAAAAUCAGCAGUUCUGCCAUUUUUAACUGAAUAAUCUGAGAACAGUCUAAAAUCUGAACUCAUGUUUAUGGUCUGCAUGUGGUUAAAAUGAGAUGUACAAAAAUACACAUUUGUGCUUAGGAAGCUUUAGCAUAAAUUUCAUAUUUAAAACCAAUGAAAAACUAUGUCUGCUUUCUGACUUAUUUACAGCUUUUGGAAUGUUAUGGUUUUGUUUUUUUUUUUUUUUU